GGCGGGCCGGAGAUGGCGGCACAGAGGAUCCGGGCGGCCAACUCAGGCGGCCUGCCACGGUGCAAGUCGGAGGGGACGCUCAUCGACCUCGGCGAGGGCUUCGCCGAGACCAGCCUCUGCGAUGUCAAAGUGCCUUCUCCUAGUGCCUUGCUGGUUGACAAUCCCACGUCCUUUGGAAAUGCGAAGGAAGUAAUAGCGAUCAAAGAUUACUGUCCGACUAAUUUCACCACUUUGAAGUUCUCCAAGGGGGACCACCUUUAUGUCUUAGACACAUCGGGAGGUGAGUGGUGGUAUGCUCACAACACCACGGAAAUGGGUUACAUCCCUUCCUCCUAUGUCCAGCCUGUAAACUACCGCAACUCUUCCUUAACGGACAGCGGGAUGAUAGAUAAUCUACUGGAGAGCCCUGAUGAGGGGGUCAAGGAGUUAGACCUGCUUGGAGAAUGGACUGACGUGAAAAGAAACUCUGCGAAACCCUACAAUAACAACCCGUUCUUGAACGGAGUCCAGACAAACCCGUUUCUGAAUGGGAAUUUGCAAACAAUGCCCAGCUUGGACAGAGAGUCCAACUCCAACGUCACUGUUGACUUGCUGCUCUUUGACACGGGGGCUCCUACUUCAGCUCUUUCCAGUUCAGCCGCUAAUAGCAGCCUAGGUAACAUUUUUGAUGAGUUUCCAUCCACAAACAGGCUGGAUCUGGAACAGCCUGUGAAAAGGGACAAUCCCUUCUUCAGAAGUAAACGCUCCUACAGUUUGUCUGAACUGUCUGUUCUUCAAGCCAAGUCAGACACUCCGGCAUCAUCGGGUUUCUUCAGCGGUUUGAAGUCUCCCACCCCUGAGCAGUUCCAGAGCCGGGAAGAUUUUAGGACGGCAUGGCUGAACCACAGGAAGCUGGCUCGGUCUUGCCAUGACUUGGAUUUGCUUGGUCAAAAUCCUGGCUGGGGUCAGACACAACCAGUGGAGACCAACAUUGUCUGCAAGCUGGAUAGCUCUGGUGGAGCCGUCCAGCUUCCAGACACCAACAUCAGCAUCCACGUGCCAGAAGGUCACGUGUGCCCUGGGGAAACGCAGCAGAUCUCCAUGAAAGCAAUGCUGGAUCCGCCGCUGGAACUGAACAGUGACAAGUGCAGCACCAUCAGCCCAGUCCUGCAGAUCAAACUCAGCAACAUGGAGGUGAAAACCUUCAUCAUUCUGGAGAUGAAGGUGUCAGCAGAGGUCAAGAAUGACAUCAUGAGCAAGAGUUUGGUAGGACUGCAGUGCCUGCGGAGUGACAUGAAAGAAGGGCCGUACACGCCGAUGCAGCUCAGCUAUUCAUAUGGAGAUACGAUCCAGGUGCAGCUGGAGAACCUGGAGCCUUGCAUGUACAUCGCGGCCGUAGCCCAGGGGCAGAACAUCCUCUACCCUUACACUGUUUGGGAUUACAUCAGCAAGAGGAUCACAGUUGGCGUCUACGGCCCAAAACACAUUCACCCUUCCUUUAAAACAGUUGUGGCCAUUUUCGGGCACGAAUGCGCGCCCAAGACUCUCCUGGUGAACGAGGUCACGAGACAGUCCCACAGCCCGGCUCCUGUUGCCCUCCAGCUCUGGGGUAAGCAUCAGUUUGCUCUGUCGCGGCCUCAGGACCUCAAGCUCUGCAUGUUCUCCAACAUGACCAACUACGAGGUGAAAGCUAGCGAGCAAGCCAAAAUUGUGCGGGGCUUCCAGAUGAAGCUGGGCAAGGUCAGCCGCCUUAUCUUCCCCAUUGCAUCCCACGACCCCAACGAGCUCUCAGACUUCACGCUAAGGGUACAGGUCAAGGAUGACAAGGAUGCCAUUUUGACCCAAUUCUGUGUCCAAACACCGCAGCCGCCUCCAAAAAGUGCCAUCAAACUGACAGGGCAGAGGCGGUUCCUCAAGAAGAACGAGGUCGGAAAGAUCAUCCUUUCACCUCUGGCUGCCAUCGCCAAGUAUCCAGUCUUUCAGGACCGGCCGGUGUUGAGCUUGAAGUACGGCAAGCUGCUGAAGACAGUGGUGCGGCAAAGCAAGAACCACUAUUUGCUGGAGUACAAGAAAGGAGAUGUCAUAGCCCUCCUCAGUGAGGAGAAGAUCAGGUUGAAAGGGCAACUGUGGACCAAGGAGUGGUAUAUUGGCUACUACCAGGGAAAAAUAGGCCUUGUGCACACCAAAAACGUGCUGGUGGUUGGGAAAGUCAAGCCCAGCUACUUCUCUGGGCCAGAUCUCACCACCAGCCUGUUGCUCGAACAGAUCCUGAGACCCUGCAAGUUCCUGACCUACAUCUAUGCCUCCGUGAGGACUCUGCUCAUGGAGAACCUCAGCAGCUGGCGGUCCUUUGCCGAUGCACUGGGGUAUUUGAACUUGCCGCUCACGUUUUUCUGCCGAGCGGAGUUGGACAGUGAGCCGGAGCGAGUGGCCUCCGUCUUGGAGAAGCUGAAGGAAGACUGCAACAACACCGAGAACAAGGAGAGGAAAUCUUUCCAGAAGGAGCUGAUGACGGCUCUGCUGAAAAUGGACUGCCAGGGGCUGGUCGUCCGGCUUAUCCAGGACUUCGUGCUGCUGACCACGGCUGUGGAGGUGUCCCAGCGCUGGAGGGAGCUCGCCGAGAAGCUUGCCAAGGUCUCCAAGCAGCAGAUGGAUGCUUAUGAGGCCCCACACCGGGACAAGAUGGGGGCAGUGGACAGUGAGGCCAUGUGGAAGCCAGCAUACGACUUCCUUCUCACCUGGAGCAGCCAGAUGGGUGACAGCUACCGUGAUGUGAUCCAGGAGCUGCACACCGGGCUGGACAAGAUGAAGAACCCCAUCACCAAGCGCUGGAAGCAUCUCACCGGCACCCUGAUCCUUGUCAACUCCUUGGACAUGCUGCGGGCAGCUGCCUUCAGCCCGCAAGACCACGAGGAUUUUGCCAUCUAGCUCCUGCGGCGAUGCUUCUGUCCACAUCUCAUUUGCUGCUUUUUUUUCUGUGCUUUUUCCCCUUUCUUUUAAGCAGUUGACUUUAAAAAGAAGUGGAGGUUGCUCUCCCUGGCUUUUAAGAGGCCAAAGUUUGCAAGUUCUCCACCGGGACUGGAAAUCAGCAGGAGACACCUCUCGUUCAUGGGAAGGCAUUCAGAGGGGGAUGGCUUUUCAUACGGCAUUGAUACCAGUUAAACUAUUUCUUACUAAAAAACUUUAAAGGGGGCAAGGGGGUGGGGAGGGAUCACAAAAGAGAUCACAUUUUUUAGGCAUUUACAAAUAAAAGUCUAAUUUUUGUAAUAAGCAGUAAAGGUUGUAACCACUUUAGGGGGAAGCUGUGGCUGUUUUUUAUGUUGUAGAAACUGCUUUUAAAUUAUCGUUUUUGAGACGAACGUGAGUCAUGUAAAUACAUAUUUUAAGAGGAAGCACAGUAAAUGCCCUCCCCCACCACCACGGUCAGGCUUUGGCAGACUACCAGAUGUGACUGUAAAGCACCAUAUGAACUCAGAAUGUCCUCAGCCCAAUAAGCAUCUUAUACCAAAAAAGGAGCUGCUUUUUUUUAUUCACAGUCCCUGUGAGCCGUUUGGUUGAUUUUUCUUUUAUUUUCAUGUCUCUGCAAACAUGCAUUUUCUCAUUUGCAGACAGGGAGAUGCUCGUUGCCUGUUUUCAAAUGCACGGGUACCAUUUUUUACCAGGAGAAGCGGUCACUGCCCCUUCCACUUCGUCCUGCCCGGGUACUGUAGGACAUCUCUGGAAGAAGCUCGAGG